UGUAAAACACAAUGGAAAAUAGAUCAAGUGUUACCACAUUCAUUCUGGAUGGCUACUUUGUAAUGGACCAGCAGAAGCUUUUGUUCUUUUUUAUUUUUCUCCUACUCUAUAUUGCAAUUUUUACACUGAACUCACUUCUUAUUGCAAUUAUCUAUUUUGAAAGAACAUUGCAUAAUCCAAUGUAUAUUUUUGUGUGCAAUCUGUCAUGUAAUGGCAUCUUUGGUAGCACAAGUUUGAUUCCUCAUCUGUUAUUUAAUCUCACUACUGAAGUGCAUAAGAUAUCUUUAACAAAUUGUCUCAUACAAAUCUUCUGUUUACACACUUAUAAUAUUAUUGAACUAACUAUAUUGGCCUUUAUGAGUUAUGACCGUUAUGUUGCAAUUUGUUACCCACUUCACUAUCAUGAUAUGAUGUCAACAAAAAAGCUUCAGGUAUUUAUAUUUGUUGCAUGGGCUUAUCCAUUUGCUAGUUUUCUGAUAUAUGAGUCGUUCACAAUACGCUUAACCUUUUGCAGAGAAAUUAUAGAUAAGACUCACUGUGUAAAUUUUGAACUCAUAAAACAAUCUUGCACAGACAUCACUGUCCAUAGCAUAAUUGGACUUGGCCUAAUGGCUGUUUACAUGAUUCCACAGGUUUUAAUGAUUUUAUUUUCUUAUGCACAGAUUUUGUAUGUUUGCAUAUAUUCUUCUAAAGAAUGUCAAACCAAAGCCAUCCAAACAUGUACACCUCACCUUCUUGCUGUUUUAAAUUAUUUUGUUGGAAUCUUUUUUGAAAUAAUACAAAGUCGGCUAAAUUCAAGGUAUUUGCCAUAUGAGUUCCGGACUUUCAUGUCUUUAUAUUUUAUGAUAGUUCCUCCUCUGUUCAAUCCAGUUAUCUAUGGGAUGAGUGGUCAGGUUAUAAAUAAGCAUCUUCAGAAAUUGUUCUGUGUUAAAAGCAUGGCUUUAAAAAAUUAAGACAGAGUGAAAAAGUUCCCAGACACUGUCAUUGCCUCUGUUUUGUCUUCUAUUUUUCAGUGUGGUCGUUAAGGCCCAAUUUUGUUUCUCCCACUAUUUAUCAAUAGGAAUCCAACUAAAAAUGUCUUUAAUUGAAUUAAUUUGCUUUGUCUUUUUUGAUUAUCUAAUUAAGAUGCUUCUUCUAAUCUUAACCUUUCAGGCCUUUUUAACAUGCUGCUACUGGUUUGUGAAAUACCUCAGAUGCACUUGAUCAUCUGCUGAAGUUUUUGGUUUAAUUGAGCUCUUGCAGAUUUAAAUGUAUCUAAAUGUUGUUGGACUUUAACACAGUAAUCCUGACCAGA